AUGGGCAUAUCAGCUGUGGCCAUGCCGUUGAUAAGGAGAAAUGACGUCAUUGCCUUGGGACUGCCAAAUGGCUGGCAUGUCAUACAUCUAUGUCUUUACCUAAAAGCGAAGAGGAAACUAUGUAUGACACUCUCUAGUCUGAGACUAGUAUGA